GGCCUGCAGGGGGUGGUGAGGGCAGCAGUUCGGAGGCACUCCCCACCCAGUUCAGGGAAGGAGGAAGAGGAAAGGAAAUUAGCUGCCAGUUCGUUGGGUUCUGGGCUCCCUCGCCUCCUCUAGCUUGGUGGUGGAUAUUGCCCUCUGGCAUUUGGGGAGCCCGAGCAGAGACGAGUCUGGAGAGAGCCCUAGGGCUACGCUGCCAUGAGCAGCCCCCGGACACUGUUGCUUCAGCUGCCGCUGCGUGGGCCAAUCCCAGCUGCCUGGCUCCCGUUCCGGCUCCGGAUCGGACUCGGGCUCGGACUCCAGCGCCUGCGGGCGCCGAUCUCCGGUUGUGCUGCGUCCCGCCUGCUGGGGACAAAAGUCGGGGCCAGCGGGGGCGGUCCCGGGAGAGGAGAAGGAUGCGAAGGGACGCGCACAGUACGGAUCGGCUGCGCCUCGGCUUUCUGGGGAGACACAGCGGCUUCAGUUCCACAGCUGCUGUAUAGGGGGAAGCUGGAUUUUUUGGUUUUUGAUUAUCUCUCAGAGAUAACUAUGUGUCUAUUAACUGCUGCAAAGGCCAAAUCACCAGACCUCGGUUAUGUUCCUGAUUUUGUGCAGACUGCAAUGGCUCCAUAUAUUAAAGAUAUUCACAAAAAAGGCAUUCGUGUUAUCAGUAAUGCUGGUGGGACCAAUCCCCUCGCUUGUGCUAAGGCUCUUCACAGGGUGGCAAAGAAGGCUGAUGUGGAUUUGAAAAUAGCAGUUAUCACUGGGGAUGACAUAAUGGGAGAGAAAGAUAACCUGAAAGGAUCAGGGAUUAUAGAUAUCGAGAAUGGAAAGCCAUUUCCGGACACUAUUCAAAGUAUGAAUGUUUACCUUGGGGCAAGACCAAUAAGCCGAGCCUUGGACUUGGGUGCUGACAUUGUCUUGACUGGCCGUUGUGUGGACAGUGCCAUAGUACUAGGACCCCUUAUUCAUUCUUUUGGUUGGAAUAGAAAUGACUUUGACUUGCUGGCAGCUGGGAGUCUUGCAGGCCAUCUCAUUGAAUGUGGUGCUCAGUGUACUGGGGGGAUAUACACUGAUUGGCAUGCAGUUCCAGACUGGCACAACAUAGGAUUUCCCAUCGUGGAAUGUUCUCCUGAUGGACAAUUCGUUCUGUCAAAGCCUGCUAACACGGGAGGUCUUGUCUCUUUUGGUACUGUGGCUGAACAGCUGGUGUAUGAAAUAGGCAAUCCUCAACUCUACCUCUUGCCAGAUGUGACUUGUGACUUUUCUCAAGUCACUAUUACUGAAAUUCCAGGUAUUGAAGGUGGGGCCGUACAAGUCAAUGGAGCAAAGGGAUCAGUUCCUUCUUCAUCUUAUAAGGUAAGUGCUUCUUACCUGGAUGGUUUCAAAGCAACUGCUGUCUGUGCAAUAGGAGGGCCGAGAGCCACAGAAAAAGGAAGGCGGACAGCUGAAAGUAUUUUGAGAAGAACUCGUGUUAUGUUUGAAGAGCUGGGCUUGGAAGAUUAUAGCGCCAUUCACAUUCAGAUUUUAGGAGCUGAAGAAACAUAUGGGCUCCAUGCAAAAGCCAGCCUAGAUGGGGGCCCCCGAGAAGUUGUUCUCUGGCUGGCUGUACAGCACAAACAGAAGAAAGCACUGGAAAUUUUUUCUAGAGAAAUUGCACCAGCUGGGACAGGAAUGGCACCUGGCCUGACUGGAAUUGUUGGAGGUCGUCCAAAAGUAUCUACAGUUCUGAAACCAUUUUUCUUCUUAUAUCCUCAAAGAAAUGUCAAGAUUGAUAUCUACAUUAAUGGACAACAUGUCGAAACGUUUCAGGAAGACUUCACCUUUACAACAGAUGACUUUGUUUCACCUGAUGUGCCUGAGAAAGAUGAUGAGCUAAAAGAUCUACCUCAUGGCUCACUGACAUAUCGUUUAGAAGAUCUGGCCUAUACCAGAAGUGGAGAUAAAGGCAACUCUGCAAAUAUAGGCAUUGUAGCACGGCACCCCCUCUAUUAUCCAUACUUAAAAAAAAUCCUUACUGCUCGGGCAAUAGAAGACUACUUCCAACACCUUCUGCAUAAAGAGCAUGCAGAAGAGACUUUAGUCACAAGAUACGAGUUACCAGGAAUAUAUGCAUUAAACUUUGUUUUGAAAAACUCCCUUGGUGGUGGAGGCACUGCAUCCUUGAGAAAUGACCCACAAGGCAAAGCUCUUGGACAAAUGCUAUUGGACUUCCAGAUUAAAAAUGUUCCUGAUUUAAAAUCUCUAGUAGAAUAACCAAAACAAGUGCAUCCAUUUUGGGAAACAAUGUUUCCAAAUAAAAAUACAAAAUUGAAACUAAAACAAAGGACUAAAGGAAUAAAUAUUAUACAUAAACAGUAGAUGGUGAGUCAACAGCUACAUCAGUACAGAGAAGUCAUCAGUGGGAGGGAGAGGGUGAGUGUUCUUGAGAAAAAGACACCAAAGUGUUCACAUUCUAUAUAAUGACCACUAAGACUGGCUUAGUCUAGCAUUUAUGUAUGUCUUGUUAGCAUUUAAUGCAAUUUUUCUUUAUUUUCUAUAGAACAUACUUAUGAAAGGAUAGUAAAAGUAUAUGGUGUUUACAUAUAAAGCAUUCAAGAGUAUGUUUUAAUUCCAGAAUCUAGGACAAGCCCUCAUCUGUGAGCAAUGUAUCUUAUUCUUUGUUACUGCCUCUUCAGAUUUCUUGCUGUGUGUAAUUUAUAGAUGUCCUCAUGCAGAUGAGGUACAGAGUAUAGAUUUGGGAUCAAAAGUGAUCCUCAAUUACUGAUUAUGUGGAAGCAGUGCUAUUUGGAUUAGUGUGUGUUUUUUUUUUAACUUUAGUUCUAUUUGAAAAAAAAAUUACAGUAUCCUAAUACCCAAUAUUUUAUCUUGGAAGAUGACAUUUAAAAGUAUAAUCAGCUAAUAUGUUAAUAUAAAAUAAAGGCUUGCUAUUAAAUUGCCUUCAUUCAUAGGGUUGCCUCUAGGUGAGACAGAUCCUCUACUCCCAAAGACUUUUUUUUUUUAACAUUUAGUUUUGAAGAAAGUAGUAUGGUAAUCUAGAAAGAAAACCAUAUUUAGAUUGAGAGGUUAGAAAUUAGAUCAAUCAAUAAACAUUUAUUAAGUAUCCACUAUAUACUAGGGAUCAUAUAUGCUAAGCCCUAGACAUGGCUCAGUUCUUAUUUCUUCGAUUGAAUUAUCUAUGUGAUCUUAAGCAAAUCACUUCACUUCCCUAGGACUCAAUUUCCUUGUUGUUAAAACCAGAUGGUCUCGAUAUCUCUUCUAGUUCUAAAUCUUAGGAAUGAAACGAAAGGAAUGACCAAAAUGACCAAACCAUAUGCCAAAUUCAACACUAUAGAAAAAUAGUACUGUAGUAAGGUUAUGAAAAGUUUACUUUAAAAGUGUUUUUGGUAUCUCUAAGUGCAUGGAUGAAUUCUGAGGCCUGAUAUACCCUUAAGUGUUACUACAUCAAUGUUGUUUUUUUACCUGCAACCUUAUUGCCAAUGACACAGUGAGGGUAAGAGUCCUUCCUUUAUAAUUUAUUCCUCAUAAAAUAAAAUAAUAGCUUUCAGAUCUGAUAGAGAUCAUCUAGCACAGCCCUUCUCAGUUCUGAGAUGAAGAAACUAAGGUACACAGGUGAAAUAACUUGCCCAAGUUCACAGAGCCAGUUAAUAGAAGGUUUAAGUCCUGAAUAUUAUUCACAUUCCUAGAUCAGGUUCUUUCUACUACCUCAUAUAUAAUAGGACAUUGGCUUAAUUGACAUUUCCUGAGUUUAGCUAUACUGCAACACUUCUGAAUAGAAUGGUAUUCUUAAUUCUGCCAGUUUUCAUUUGUGAUUUUAUAGUACAGGCCAAUAAUUCACAGCUUACUGCUUUUCAACUACUUGGCUCUUCUGUCCCAAUAAAGGGCAAAGAAUAUCCUCAGUUCUGAAUCAGGGCUGGAUGGUGGGAAAAUCUGCCACCUAGUUAAGUUGGAAGCUGUCUUCCAUACUGGGAACUGGUGGGAAACUGGUGUCUCUUCCAAAGGUUUGGGAUUUCAAUCCCAUGAUCAUGUCUUUUUGAGUUUGGGAAGCUUCCAACUAAAUUUAUAAUUUCCCACUUGGUUUCCACAACCAUUCACAAAUUUAUAUAUGUGCUUGGGCAAAUAAACAGGCUUAUCAGUGUUUUGCUGAGAAAGGAGAAAACUGGGGGAAAAUCUACACAGUAAUAUCUUGAUUUCUAUGGGUAUUAAAACAAGCUUACUUUGGGAAAGGGUUUUAAUGCUGACUUUCAUUACCUGUGUGACUUUAAGAAAGUCAUGAAUGUUGAAAACUUGGUCAGUUUUAUGUCAAUAAAAUUUUACUUUUAAAAUUUUAAAUUUUUUUUUUAAAUUAAAAAAAGUCACGUAAUCUCUCUGGGUCUCAGAUUCCCUGUAGGAUUUCCAAAAUCCCUUCUACUUAAACAACAAAACAAACAAGAACAAACAACCUGUGAUCCAAAGUAAAAUGUGAACACACAACAUUAUAUCUAAAUUUAUUUGAACCCAUAAUUGUUUGAGCCAAUAUUUUAUACUUAAAAGGGUGAAAUAUGAACAUAUUAUGGUAAUAGAAAUUAUUUUACAUUAUAACAAUGCAUAUAACACUACUUUAAGUAAAUAAAAAUUAGCCUAAAUUACAUGGAAAUUAAGCUAUUUUCCACAUUAAGCUAUUGUGUGUGAAGCCUAAUUAGGGAAAAUAUAGAAAACUUCAGAGGAUCACCGAGUUGUCCUAUUCAAAGAUGCCUUGUGCUAUAGGGUGAGACAGCUCUGGAUGUAGCUGUCAUUCUAAAAUGUUAGUGGACUGAUUUUGAAUUCCUACCAAACCACAAAGAGUAUUGCUCAUUUUGAAGCUGGAUGACAUUUUUGUUAGGCAGAAGGCUUUAUUGAGUGCCCUCCUGAGUGUAGCAUGCUUAAAAUUCAUGUCUCAGCUUAUCUAAUAAAUGUGAUUCCAGUAUAGUUUUAUUAAAUUGAAGCUUUAGAAAUAAAACCAUUUUCAGUGCAAAGGGAGACUUCAGUACCUAAAGAAGCUUUUUGUUAAAGUAAAGAAUUCUUUCCCAUUUGAAUAAUUACUCUAAUUUGAUCUUUUGUUACUUUGGAUUGUCAUGUAGCAAUGAUCAGUAGACACUUUGACCAAUUGGAUGGGACCCCCAAGACUGCAAGGCCUUUGGUCAGAUGGGGCAUCACUCAUCACAUGAAGAUGCCCCCUUGUUUUGAUGAUAUAGUGGACUUAUAGGGACCUCCAUUAAUCUCAUCAAGUAGAUCGGAUAAGUUCCUCAAAUUGAGCCAGGGUCCUCCAAAACACUCCUGCUAUAGCUGUAUUGGGCUUCUAGACAAUGGGAAAGCUUUCACUAACCUAGCUUGGAGAUAGCAAGAGCUCCUACUCAAAGAUAGGAUCUUUUUUCAGCAGUUUCAAAGCAAUCUGGCAAACAAUGAGUUGGUGCUAUCAAAUCUUAGUAAUCUCUCCUACACACCCUUUCCAGAAUUUGUAGGAAUUUCUAGUAGCCAUGGGAGAGAAAUAUCCCCAGGCCUAUUUCUGAAGCCUUGUUCAUGGGAAGGAUGCUAUAGUAGAUGAGGCAUGGGGAGGCAACAUGCAUUUAUGAAGUGCCUGCUAGGUGCCUGGUCCUUUAUUUAGUACCACACAGAUAUCUCUGGAUAGCAAAUGAGGCCUGGAGUCAGGAAGAUCUGGGUUCAAAUACUACAUAUACUUACUAGCUGUGUGACUUUGAACAACUCACCUAGGAUUUGUGUGCCUCAGCUUACUCAUAUGUAAAACAAAGUAGGGGGUGGAUAUGAUGGCUUCUAAAUCUAUGAUUCAAUGACUUUACUUUUGACAUUCUGUUUCCCUUACUAGGGUGUCAGCUGGAAUCAAUAAAUCAAAUUUAAUAAAUAGUUAUUAAGUACCUGCUAUGUUCCCAGCAAGUAUUAAGCACUAGGGAAUAUAAAAAGAGUCUAAAGAAAGUCCCUACCCUCAAGGUGCUUACAAUUUAAUAGGGAAGACAACAUACAAAUAAAUAUAUACAAAGUAUGCUAUAUACAAGAUAAAUUAACAUAGAAAAGGUACUAGAAUUAAGAGAGGUUGGUUAAGACUUCAUGUAAAAAAAAAGGGGGCAGGGAGGACUUGAAUUGAGACUUAAAGGAAGCCAAAGAAUGUGGAGUUGAGAAGGGAGAGUGCUGAGGGAAAUGAAAAUUAGUUUCUCACAAAAAAAGGCUAUGGACCCUCAGAAUAUACUUUUUAGUUAAGAAAGAGCGGAUCUCAAGGUAAAUAAAAUUAACUAGGAUGACAUUUACAUAGUAGUACAUUGGAUUUCUAUACUAUCUUUAAUCUGCAGGUCUAAACACUUUUGUAAACAUUACUUAAGCCCCAGAAAAGUCUGUGAAUUAUUAUUUGAGUGCUAACAGUAUAGCUAUAAAAAGUUUAGAAGAAACCAAAUCCUUGCCCUAAGGCCUUUCGUUGAAAGAUUUCUAAGAUCCUUGAGAUCUCAGUGGUAACUAUAAAUGGGAGGGAGAGAAAAAUUAAGGAAUAAAGAAUCGGGCAUUUUGUCUUCCUUGUCCUGGGAUGUUUGGCAAUGAGAUAUGCAGGGUGAAAUGCCAGAGAUCAUUAAAAUACACAAGAUCGGACUCUAGUAAGAAAUACUUUAGGAAUCAGGAACAAAAAUAAAUAUAUAUUGUAAAUCACCUUUUUUCUUGAACCAGAUCACUGGUAUGAAGAACUCCCAAGAAGAAAACUCCUUGACAUUGGCACAUGCCCUGCAAAUUAUAAUGCUACCUGGGGCACUAAGAGAUUAAAUGACUUGCCCAGGGUCACAGAGCAUAACCACCUAAAACAGUUACACUAAGACGUUAAGUGCCUUCCUUUGGAGUGACUCAACUGCCCAGUGUCAGAGCACUGACUGACAAAAGUGAAUGUAGAAAAACAAAACACUAUUGGUCUUGAUUUAUUCCUGCUGGUUCAGUUCUGGCCAAACUCUUUAGUUUUGAUUCAGGUCUGGUCCUGCCUGUGGAAACAAGGUGCUUUACUUGGAAUCAGGAAGACCUGACUCAAGACUCUCUCCUUAUAUACUCACUGGCGAUGUAACCCUCAAUCUGUCUAUUAACAUCUCUGAGACUCAAUUUUCUCAUCUGUAAAAUAGUCAUUUUUUUUUACCAUUUUUAUGGUAAAGAUGGCAUUUUUAUUGGUCCAUUUGAUUAAGUGUAUCCUCUCAGGUAUUAAGUGUAUCCUUUUUGCAUAUUAGUGAAUAGAUUAGAUGACUUAAGUAAGCUAACUUAUGAAUUAUAAUUCAUUCAGACAUUUAUUGAGAGUUUAUGGAAGCAGCCAGGUGGCUCAGUGGAUAGAGCAUAAGGCCUAGAGACCCUGGGAGGCCCUGGGUUCAAAUGUGACCUCAGACACUUCCUAGCUGUAUGACCCUGGGCAAGCGUCUUAACCUACAUUGCCUAGUCCUUACCUCUCUUCUGCCUUAGAAACAAAAUAUGAUAUUGAUUUUAAGAUAGAAAAUAACAGUUUAAAGUUUGUUUGUUUUUUUACCAUGUACUGAGUACCUUGGGAGGCUGGGGUUCUGAUGUGGAUUAUGCAAGUCUUUUGAAGAAAUGAAUUAUAAUAUUAGCUAGUAUAGUUUUUUUCCUCAUAUGCAGCCACAUUUUCUCUUUUGAUUGUCACAGAUAAAUGGAAAAGGAUGUUUCACUUAAUUCCAAAUAGAGUUGUUGACUAUUAUCUGAUAAUAAUAAAUAAAGCUUAUAAAGAAUUUUAAAAACUAUUUUAGUAAUAACUUUACAGAGUACUGUUCUCUAAACUGUUCUCUAAUCCUAAUUCUGUUCUUUAAUUAAAAAUAUAAUUUCUUGUUUUUAUUCAUGCUAUAAGUGAUGGAAAUAUUCUUAAUUUUAAAAGUGUAUCAAAUGAUUAACAACGUUUUAAAAAUCACUUUGGAUUAAACAUUUUUGUCAUUUCUAAAA